AAAUGCAGGCGGCCAUGUUUUAUUAGCGAAAACACACACUCUCUCGCAGUCGCAGCGUUUUGUUUAUGCUGUGAAGUGUGGACAUUUAACUUCCACUGAAAUCUCCUUUCUCUCUCCCGGUUUAUUCGAGGUGAAAGCGUGACGAUGAGCGGUGGCACGCCGUAUAUCGGCAGUAAAAUCAGCCUGAUCAGUAAAGCGGAGAUCCGUUAUGAAGGCAUUUUGUACACCAUCGACACCGAAAACUCCACCGUCGCGCUCGCUAAAGUGCGUUCCUUUGGCACUGAGGACCGUCCCACAGACAGGCCCAUCGCACCCCGGGAUGAGACCUUUGAGUAUAUUAUAUUCAGAGGAAGUGACAUCAAGGACUUAACGGUGUGUGAACCACCCAAACCGACAUGCUCUCUGCCUCAGGACCCCGCCAUUGUUCAGUCCUCUUUGGGAUCUUCCACUGCUCCUCCGUCAUCCUUCCAGUCGGGAAACUCCUACGGGCUGUUCAACCGUCCGCCGGUCGCACCGUACACCCAGUUCAACCCUUCCCCGCUGGUCUCGCCGCAGUUCGGCACCGUUGGAGUCGGAAGUGCUUUGGGAUUGUUUGGUAGUGAAACUGGCUGUGCCAUUUCUUCUGCUUUCCUCAGUGACAAUCUGUGUGGGUUCAUAGCUGAAGGGAACACCAGUCCGGCUCUUGACUCUCUCAGGAAGAGCCCACCAGUAGAGUCUGCCGUCCCAUCAGCCCCUGUGGUCUCCUCCACCCCUGCUGCACCAGGAUUGGGCCGCAAGAGUCCUGUUUCCACUCGCGUGGCCUCCACCAACACACAGAAACUUGUGGAUCUGACGGAGCAAACCAGAGGCACUGAUGUCCUGAAAAUGAGCGCACCAGAGUCCGGUCAGUCCAGAGGAGGAAGCAGAGACGCCUCUAAACGGCUCGCAGCCGGCGGUCCUCCUGCUGCUCGCCGCGGCCGUGCUGGAGCUCACCGCGGUCGGGGUCGGUUCCCCGUUCGCAGAGAAGGACCCAUGAAGUUUGAGAAGGACUUUGACUUUGAGAGUGCCAAUGCUCAGUUCAACAAAGAAGAGAUCGACAAAGAGUUCCAGAGCAAACUCAAACUGAAAGAUGAGAAGCCGGAGAAAGCUUUGAAUGGGGAGGAGAAGGCAGAUUCUGGCGUCGACACUCAGAACAGUGAAGGAAACGCUGAGGAGGAAGAUCCUCUUGGGCCAAACUGCUACUAUGAUAAAACCAAGUCAUUCUUUGACAACAUCUCCUGUGAUGAUACCAGGAAGGCAGCCGAGAGGUCUGGAGGGUCAUUUUUCCCCCGACAGCACAGGCAGACCUGGGCGGAGGAGCGGCGGAUGAAUGCGGAGACGUUUGGGCUGCCGUUACGGCGGGGUCGCGGAGGGUACAGGGGCCGCGGAGGCAUGGGCUUCAGAGGGGGCCGAGGCCGUGGAGCCGGACGAGGCUCGUUUGGGCCUCACCCUGGCUUCAGGGGCGGAUACAGAGGAAGCCAAGGAGGAAGAGAGUUUGCUGACUUUGAGUACAGGAAGGAUAACAAAAUUGCUGUGUAGUGAUGACACGAAGUGGCUCGGAAGACCUGACUUGUAUUGAACUGCAUCUUGGGUCUCGAGAACGAGGAGAUUAACGUACGUGUUGUAAAUCUGUCACCAGCACUGGGGUUCGACUGCUUGAAACCUGUAUGUGAAUCAAACUUCUACUCCGUUUUUCCAAAGGAGUGGAACCAAUGCAAUUUUUUUGAAUUGUUAAUUUGAGUAUAACAUAUCCAGACGGCUUCAAAAAUACUAUGAUUUCUACAGGACUUCCAUACUCGACCCGAAUUUGAUAUACCGCUGCUUUCAGCUAACCGAUUAUCUAGGGCAACAUAUUGUGAUGAUUUUGAUCACUGAAUGAGCUUUAUUUUUGACUUGUUUGCUAUAAAGUAUCUUACAGUGUGCUUAGCAUCAAAAUAGACCCUCUUGAACUACCAUAUUUUUCUAACGUAAUUUCAUUUUACAACCCCCAACGUCAUUCUUCCUGUAGUAAAUAAGGAUUUUUUUUAAAGAAUAUAUAUAUAAACGUGGUAUAUUGACUUGGAAAUGUGAUGUUUAUAGUGAUAUUCCUCAUCAGGACAAGCUAAUAAAGAUGUGUCAGUAUUGAAAGUAAAGACAUUUUAGAUUUAAAUGGAAAAUCGGAGCCGUUGUGAGGGAACGUUUUGAAUAUAUCAAAAAUGGCACAAUUUAAAAUGACACAAUAUGGUCGACAAAUGCAAAGUCACCUCAGCGAUAUGUUUAUAUAUUAUGUGGAUUUAUAUUGUGAGGUACACUUUGCGGUAGCGCUUUGUAGCAGACAUUUACUAUCGAGUGAAUGUCCGAUCUAUACUAAAGAAAAUAAUGCUACUCUGUGAAUCUACACAAAUCUAUGCUGCAGUUACUUUGAUGCGUUCUUUACACUUUCUGAGCUUCGCUAUUAACAAUUCGCACCAUAAAACUGGUCACGCGAGCUGGACACAAUUGCGCAGAGCCUAAAACUUGCUGGGAGAUGAGUACUUGCGUUUAUUUAUAUAUAUAUAAAUAAAUAAAUAAACGUUUUUCAAUAGCACUACUUCCCAAUCCAUUUGAUUAUUUAAUGUUAAAUCUGUAAUAUGACUGAGCACAGUCAAACGGGGGAAACUAGCCUUUGUACACUGAGCCUAGUGCUUGUUGGGAAGUGAGUACUUAUGAUUAUUAUACCAGAUAUGUGACGAAUUGUUAUUUUUAGUGGUUAGAAUUGUUAUUUUCCUUGAUGGAGCUUCACCACUGACACUUCACAUUUUAAUACUGAUCUAAUAAAAUUGAUUUCUGCCCUGUCUAGAUCUUGUUUGGGAAGUGAGUACUUGCGAUUAAUUUAGAUUAAGCCACAAUUAUUUUUAGCCAGGUUUAGGUUGGUUUCUUUUGUUACUUGAUGAAGGCGCUUCACCACUAACUACUCGUAUCAUAAAACUGAUCAUGUAAUACUAGCAGCCUAGAGCUUACUGGGAACUGAGUACUUGCGAUUAUUUCACAAGAUUUUUGAGAAGCGAUUCAGUAGCUCUACUUUCACAUUUGAUUUGUUUACUUUGAGUUUUAUUCGUAAUUUAACACAAUGCUGGAGCUUUACCACUAACACUUUUACAUAUUAAAAGUGAUGCAAUGAAACUGACAUGCAGACACAGAGCCUAGAGCUCGCUGCGAAGUGAGUACGUAUGAUUAUUGUACAAUAUAUUUGACAAAUUAUUAUUUUUAGUGGAUGCUUACCCUUGUGACUCCGUAAUGGAGCUUCACCACUGACACUUCGCAUUUUAAUACUGAUCUAAUAAAAUUGAUAUCUGUGCCCUGUCUAGACCUUGUUUGGGAAGUGAGUACUUGCGAUUAAUUUAGAUUGAUCAACAAUCAAUUUUAGUGUAUGGUUUUCUUUUGUUACUCAGUGUUGGAGCUUCACCAUUAACUAUUCACAUCAUAAAAAUGGUCAUGUAAAACUAGCAGCCUAGAGCUUGCUGGGAAGUGAGUACUUGCGAUUAUUUCGCAAGAUUUUUAAGAAGCGAUUCAGUCAAACUACUUUGACAUUGAAUUUAUUUAGAUUUUUAUUCAUAAUUUGACAACGCUGGAGCUUCACCUUCAAUACUUGUUAAAAAUUAUCUAAUUAAACUGACAUGAAUACACUGAGCCUAGUGUCACUGGGAAGUGAGUACUUACGAUUAUUGUACAAGAUAUCUGACUAAUUAAUUUGUUUAUUGGAUGGUUAUAUUUGUGACUCAGUAUUGGUGCUUUACCACUAACAAUGCACAACAUAAAACUGAUCAUGUAAAACUAGCAGCUUAGAGCUCACUGGAAUAUGAGUACUCAUGGUUAUUUUGCCAAAUAUUUGAGAAGCGAUUCAGUAGCACUACUUUCUUGUUCGGUUUAUUUUGCAUUUUAUGUGCAAGUUGGCGUAAUGCUGAAGCUUCACCACUGACACCGUGCAUUUUAAAACUAAUGUAAUAAAAUCGACACAUACACAAUCUAGAACUUGUUGGGAAGUGAGUACUUGCGAUUAAAUAUAUACGAGAUUUUUGAGCAACUAUUAAUUUUUAGUGGAUGGUUUCUUUUGUGACCCAGUGUUGGAGCUUUACCCCUAACAAUUCACAUCAUAAAAAUGAUCACGUAAAACUAGAUGCCUAGAGAUUGCUGCUUAGUGAGUACUUGCGAUUAUUUCACAGGGUUUUUGAGAAGCAAAUCAGCACUUCUUUCACGUUUGAUUUGUCUACUUUGAGUUUUAGUCAUUAUAUGACAGAACGCUGGAGCUUUACCACCAACACUUUACAUAUUAAAAAUGUACGAAUGUUGGCACUUCAAUGCUAACAAUACACUUAAAAAAAGAAUCAAUUUAAACUAGUGAAUGUACACUGAGAUUAGCGCUCGCUGCAAAGUGAGUACUUGCGAUUUUAUUUUACAAGAUAUUAUGAAAUAUUCUUCCCAGCCGAUUGUUUCUUGUGUUUUCUAUCUGUAGUGUCACAAUCCUGGAUCUUCACCACUUACAAUUCACAACAUAAACCAAUCAAGUGAAGCUAGCUUAAGUACGCUAACCCUAGAGGUUGCUAGAAAGUGAGUACUUUCGAUUAUUUCACUAGAUAUUAAGAAACCUUUAUCCCAGUUGAUUAGUUUCUUUUGCAUUUAAUCUGUAAUGUGUUCGAAUGCUUGAGCUUCAACGUUAUUAAAUUCAGUUAAUAAACUAAUCAAUUUAAACUAGCAUACGUACACUGAGGCUAGUGCUCUCCAUAAAGUGAGUACUUGCGGUUAUUUUAUGAGAUAUUAUGAAAUAUUCUUCCCAGCAGAUUGUUUCUAGUGCUUUCUAUCUGUAGUGUCACUGCUGGAGAUUCACCACUUAUAAUUCACAACAUAAGCCAAUCAAGUGAAGCUAGCAUGAAUACGUUGACCCUAGAGAGUGUGCUGGACAGUGAGUACUUGCGAUUAUUUUAUGAGAUAUUCUUCCCAGCGGAUGGUUUCUUGUGCUUUCUAUCUGUAAUGUGACCGACCGCUGAGAAGCCAGAAUGUGUUGUGUACAUUAAUGCUAGCACUGUUUAGCUUUUCCAAUCUCUCCUUGCUCAUCUAAUACACACCGAGUGCACUAGCAUGAUGACCUUUAACCUCACGCAGCUUUACCUGACCUGCGCAUGCAAUGCCGUAUUCGCACCUGUUGAUUUUAUGGUCUUUUUGUUAUGUAAGCUCAUUUCUGCCACAGAAUUUAAAAAGAAAUUAAAGGUAGUUGCAACUUUCUAACUCCAUUAUUUUUACUUAUUUGCAUAUACAUAUUUACAUCUCAAUUCUCACGACUUCAAAUUGUAAAUGUAUCAUCUCUCAGAAAUAAACGUUUAAAUUGUUAGUCUGUAAACUCAUAACUGAGAGAAAGAUUUGCAAUCUCCUUUUUUUGCUCUCACAAUCUCAGAUCUCACAAAUGUUCAAAAAUUAAUAACAGCUGCCUUAGUCAAAAUUGUGGGAAAAAUGUCGCAAUUACCUUUAUUUUUUAUAUUUUAUCAUGUGGUGGAAAGAAGCUUUCAUAGUAAUUUAAGCGUUAAUGUCACUGAAGUCGAAGGUUUGCUAUUUUAAUUAGCCAGUUAUUCGAUUCUCCAUUCACUUGGUGAUGAAAUCACUGAUAAAAUGUCUUGUCCUUUGUUUGUUUGAACUGUUAGGAUAUUUUGCUAAGUUGAAAUAUGAAAUAAAGUAGUUUUUCCACAAAUUAUUAAAGUAUGAAUCUGUAUGAUUUAAAAAAAAACAUUACUUUUCGGAAAUUGUGUGAUAUACUAGGGUUGGACGAUAACAAUUUGGCAUCAUACGAUGUCUAAAGUGAAACAUUGCGAUGGAUGAUGUCAUCGUAGGCAGCGGUGAAUUAAUGAUUUAUGAAUAAUUAAUUCGUAACGAUUUAAUUAUUUGUUAGUUACCGUUUCAUCUACCUGACCCGCGUGGUCUUUGUUUUACUCAUAACCAAUUCAUAAAUAAAUAAAGAUAAGUUACACACAAAUCACCACCUGUCAGUCACUCUUUCCGCAGGACUCUGGCAUGAAUAAGCAGAGUGAUCUGUGUCGUUAUAAUGGCGUCCACAAACUUGGCUGGUAAAAAAGGUGCACAACCAACAGUAUCUGAGAUUUACACUGACAUGACUAAGUACAAGCGUGAAAGAUUGAAGCAGUGUACUGCCGCUGUGACCUGACUCCUGGAGCUCAGACGUGCGCAUACGCUGACUGUGUGUGCUUGUGGUCACGUGAUGUGCGUUUUCAGUGGUAUAGUGUGGAUGGAGAUCUAUUCAGAAAUGCUUGGUGAAACUGGAUCGUUUUCGUUCUCAAAUGCCAUUUUAAAACUAAGACGUAAAAGUGUAAACGGCGCCUGAGUGUGUAUUUUUCGAGAGCGGGUUGCUGCUAUGAUGAGGGCGGGGUGGAGGAACGCGAUGCUGGCUCAGUUUCGUGAUGUCUAUCGGCCGUCAGCGAUGGAUGAUGGCAUCAUCUAUCGACUCAACCCUAUUAUAUAGGCACUAUAUAAAAAACUGUUUAUUAUUCAGUAAUAAACAGUCAAACAAACGUAUCCAUCAUAAUAACCUGAAGAUUUCACGUUUUAAUCAUUUUUAAUAAAGUUUUUCUUAUUUUAAGUUUAGUUUAGUUUGUUCAUUAUUAUUUCCCCAAUUUAUUUAUUUUUUAUUUUAAAUGAAGCUUUUUUUCUGGUUUCACUCAUGUAAAUUCCAGCUGAGUGUUUCUCUUUAAUGAUGAAACAGUAAUAUAUUCACGUCUAAAUGGGAAAUUGCAGCAUGCAGGUCUUGUUACGAAAACUCCAACCUUCAGCGACGCUUGCGAGGCAAAAACUGUUAUGGAAAUUCAUUUUAUUAAACGCCGGUUUCUUCUGUCACGCUUUCCUCCUGAACCUCAGCGUGAAGAUCUGUUCACACCUACAUGUAAAGAGGUUUUUACCAGAUGCAACAAUAAACCGUUUACGAUCUGC